AUGGCGAGAGCCUGGCAAGCCCUGCGGCUCCUGCUUGCCAUGCUGGCAGCCCUGGUGGCCAUCACCAACGAAGGAAGAAAAAAAACCUUUUUAAAAGUUGAAGAAAUACCCAUGACAGAACCCUACGUGGAGGACACAAUACAGUUCCUGAUCAGCUACUUCAACCAGGAGAAUAAGGACGCGUACAACUUCCGGGUCAUCCGAAUCCUCAACAUCAAGAGGCUGAUUAGUGACCACAUGGAGUAUCACAUGAACAUUGAGAUGAGAAGGACCACGUGUCAAAAGUCAGAGACCAAGAACUGUAAAUUUCAGGAAGGAAAGCUUUACAAGCAAAUUAAGUGCUUCUUCUCAGUGUUUGUCAUACCUUGGUUUGGAAAGUACAAAAUUCUGAGCAGAAACUGCACCGAUGCCUAGGUAUCCUGGAGCACGCACCUAUGGCCACCAUGCUUGAGAGGGCCCUGCAGUGAGCAGACCACAUGGACUGUAGACAAUAAACGUCUUUGACCUGUUCUCAUAAUGUUCUUCAUGGUUUUGAUUCCAUCCUUUCUUUUUCUUUUUUCCAAAUACUACAGUUCAUCAUAAUUUAACCUGAAGGUUCUCUGAGCCAGGGCAGUUUUGGAAUCCAAAUGAGGUGACAUGAAUAAUUCUUGGGCUUAUAACCUACAUCUGCAUGUGAAUAGAACUUCAGCCCCAUCCUCAUAUCAAGUAGGAUUCUUUAGAUUUUAAAAUAAGAAGACAAAGAGAAGGGAGAGAAGGGAAGGGAAGAGGCUCAAACUUAGCUGAACAGCCAAGAGAUAUUUGCAAGUAUGGCCCAUAAUGUAUCCCUGAAGGGGCCCAGUAGAGUAACCCCUUCCUCGAUUAAUGCCUAAAAUGAGAAGAAAUAAUACAAAAAAAUUCAGAGAUGAGGGCCUUUGUUACUGAUGAAGACUAGGCUGAGGGGUGUGCCUUAUAUUUGCAGACUAGUGCUCUUUCUAAUACCAAACCCAAGAAUCAGACUUACACCCCCACGCACCAGCAAUAUUGGACCAGGGAAGGUUUCUGCACCAAGGGAUUCCUCUCUGGGAGGAACAAAAGAAAACUUGUGCCCUCUGCAGAAAGGAGGAGGACCUGGGCUGCAAUGCCCAGUUUAUUCUUCCUAACUAUACCAAUCGGAUUUAAGUGCUCCAGGAGGAGAAUGGUUGAGGAUGAGAG